AAAUCAUAAAAAAUUUCUUUCAUGUUGUAGGAGGAGAUUACAACUGCAUUAUAUCCGACCGAGAUUGAGCGUUACUCUGAGUGGUAUAUUCGAGUCUUGGAGUUUAUGGGAGAACACGCACCAUCUAUGCAUUCAGAUGAUGAUGAUGCCACUCAGUCGAACCCUCCUGCUGCCUUUCAGACAGUCCCUACAGGGUCUUCUAUGUCUUCAACUGCUUCCAGGCGAAGACCGUCAUCACGAGGUGCCAGACCCAUGGUUCCUAGGACGUCUCCUAUUGCACGUACAUCCCCUCCACAGGGGUCAUCCUCCCGAGGGUCAUAUAGGGCCACACCUAAUGUACCUGCUUCCCCACCACGAAGGUCCACUUCACGCGCCUCCCAUUCUCGUGAGCAUCCGGUACACGAGCCUGCAAGACACUCGGUCCAUGGGACGUCAUACAGUGGUGUUUCAUAUGACCGUCUUCAACAAAUAUUAAUGGAACAUGAAAGAGGCAUCAACUCUCAGAUGCAACAACAAUUGGACCAACACGGUGCAAUGAUGCGCGCGGAGUGGGAGCGACAAUCGGCAUCGUUUCGUGAGGAUAUGCAGUCGUAUUGGCAACAACAAGCAUCGACGUUUCGGGGGGAGAUGCAGGACCAAUGGCAACAACAACAAUCGACAUUUCGGGGGGAGUUGCAGGACCAAUGGCAACAACAACAAUCGACGUUUCGGGGGGAAUUGCAGGAGCUAUGGCAACAACAAGCAUCGAUGUUUCGAGGGGAGUUACAGGACCAAUGGCAACAACAACAAUCGAUGUUUCGGGGGGAGAUGCAGGAAAAAAUGCAAUCAUUAAAUAAUCGAAUUACAGGACUUGAGGGUUCUUAUGUUCAAGCAUCUGAAUCAGUACAGUUAGACGAAUCAUCCGACGAGGAAGUCCAACAACAAAUUCAGGACCAACCAACAACUGCUCAGAAGCCGACAACAACUAAAAAAGUGUCAGCUUUCGGUCGUGUACUGCGAAAAGGGAAACAGUUGGUCAGUCCAUUCACAAAUCCAGUAAAGGAAAAAAAGAACAAACAACCAGUAAUUAAGGGUAUUGAUGUUGACCCCAAGUUGGCUGGGUGCUAUUCAGAGUUCACAAUAUGGUAUGAUCAAGCGUCUGAUAAUGACAGUCGACGCGUCUUCCUCGGGGGACCAGCCGGAACGACAGCCCGUAUGCCCAAACCAUGGUGGACCCAAAUUGUAACACUAGGGCAAUGGUUGGAAAACACGCAUAUUGAAGCUUUUAUGGGUAUACUUCGUAAAUCUUAUCCGGACGGUAAUUGGACUACUGUUUCCACCCAAUUUGUUGCACUUCUCCCUCAGUGUUACAGUGAGUUUAAACAAUUGGGUGCAAAUAUGGAGUGGCCUACGUUUUUUCUAGAUCAAAUCAAUGGAAUCUCGCUUCGGACAAAAGAAUUCUUUCGCCCAUGGAGUAGUGUUGACAAGGUGGUGUACAACUGUAAGUUGUUUACGGUAAGAUUGAUUAUUGAUACUUAUUUCAUCUUCAUUGGUCGACAGGUAUUCUUUCCGAUCAACUUCGACAACCAACAUUGGGUGUGUGGCGUAUUGGAUAUAAAUGAAUGGAGGAUGUAUAUAUAUGACUCUGCCCAAUAUACUGAAAGCAUAGAGAGGGUGAAGAAGUUAUUGAUGCCAUUUAGGACACUAACACACCUAAUGAAGGCGAGUAACUUCUAUAUAUCAAAGGGAAUUCCAUCACCAGAUCCUCUACCGACAUUACAAUAUAGGUGUGUUCGUGAUGUCCCAAAACAGGAUGUUGGAAGUGGAGACUGUGGCAUUUUUUUACUCAUGUUUAUGGAAUACCUUGCCCGAGAUCACCCAUUUAAUUUUACAUCAGCACAUUCCAAGAGAUUAAGAAAACGCGUGGCUACAACCAUAUUCCAAGGAAGGACCCUCAGUUUCGAGGAUUUCUAAACAGGCAUGGAUGGACGGGCAUGCAUACGAAUUGGAUGUCAUUUUAUUAUGGCUUGAAAGAUGUAUUUUAUUAUUGAUUGAAAGGUGUAUUUUA